UCCCUGCCCGAGAGGACCCCGUCCUCGUGCUUGAAAUAGAAGGGCCACCACAAGCGCAGGGAAUACACACGCACUAUACGCAUACAAACACGAUUUCCAACCGGUUAACUGGCACGGAAUUCGGAAGGUAUAUAAGUAGCCGAGUCUCGCUGGAACGCGCAAACCAUCUGAUUGGAGACUCGCUGCAAGUUGUGAUCGACAUGAAGCUUAGUGUUGUGCUGCUCGUGCUAGCGCUGUCGGCCGUGUGUGCCGCGGCUCCAAUGGACGCUCCUGCCGACACAGCCGACGGUGACCUGCAGGGUGCCGAGCUGUUCUUCAGGCCGCGCUACUACCGACCCAGCAGGUACCACAACUACGGAUACGGACGAGGAUACGGCUACGGCUACGGCUACGGGAGGCGUUACGGUUACGGAGGCUACGGCUCACCGUACGACGACUUCGGCUAUUACUAGACCUUCGCCGGCAGCUGGCCUGCCCGGCCAUAUAUCAGCCUUUUCACAAGCCGGGCGUGUGGGACGUGUGGGACGUGUCAUCGGGCGAGAGAAAGUGUCUGGAUGGAGCUCAGAGUGCGGCGGCUGAGUGGUUAUCGCUGACCGGGUGCCUACCGUAUUUUGUCCCGCUGCUGUUCGCAAUUACCGUUUUGUUUACGCCGCUGUGGCCAGACUUGUAUAGCGGUACACGAUAAGUGGUUGCGUGUUGCUUGAUGUUGAACAUUGUCAAUUGUUUAAUUGCAAA